CGGAGGUGAGUCGGUGUGUUGUGGACUCGUGGUGCUGGCUGCCGCUCUUGAGGCGGCCUGGAACGGGCUGUGGGGAGCGGGCGGAGCUGACCCUGCUUCUGCCUGGCCAGCGCCGCAGGCGGCGCGGGCCGUGCCCGCUGCCGUCAACUGCCCGGAGCGUCUGCUGAGGCCGAGGGAGACGCCGGGGCCUGCACCUGGAGAGAGCCUGCCGUGCUGGCCCGGAGGAGGGGGCGUUGCCAUGGCGACAGCCUCUCCGGCAGCUGACGGGGGGCGGGGGCGGCCCUGGGAAGGAGGGCUGGUCUCCUGGCCCCCUGCCCCUCCCCUUACGCUUCCCUGGACCUGGAUGGGCCCGAACUGGGGGCAACACCCUGGGCAUUGGGGCUUUCCAGCUCUCACAGACCCUUCAGCAUCUCCAGCUGCCAGUCUUGGCAUCUUCGAAGUAAGGAGAGUUUUAGAUGCCUCUGGAUGUUCAAUGCUAGCACCUUUACAGACUGGAGCAGCUCGAUUUUCUUCAUAUUUACUUUCAAGAGCAAGAAAAGUGCUGGGCUCCCACUUGUUUUCUCCCUGUGGUGUUCCGGAGUUCUGUUCCAUAUCCACCAGAAAGCUGGCGGCCCACGGCUUUGGCGCGUCAAUGGCGGCAAUGGUGCCCUUCCCUCCCCAGAGGUAUCACUACUUUUUAGUGCUGGACUUUGAGGCCACAUGCGACAAGCCACAGAUUCAUCCUCAGGAAAUCAUUGAGUUCCCCAUCCUGAAGUUAAAUGGCCGGACCAUGGAAAUUGAGUCUACCUUUCACAUGUAUGUCCAGCCCGUAGUCCACCCACAGCUUACCCCCUUCUGUACAGAGCUCACCGGGAUCAUUCAAGCCAUGGUGGAUGGCCAGCCAAGCCUGCAGCAAGUGCUGGAGAGGGUCGAUGAGUGGAUGGCGAAGGAAGGCCUCUUAGAUCCAAACGUCAAGUCAAUCUUUGUCACCUGCGGAGACUGGGACCUGAAAGUCAUGCUUCCAGGACAGUGCCAUUAUUUAGGCUUGCCAGUGGCGGAUUACUUCAAGCAGUGGAUUAAUCUAAAAAAGGCUUACAGCUUCGCCAUGGGCUGCUGGCCCAAGAAUGGACUACUAGACAUGAACAAGGGUCUCAGCCUGCAGCACAUAGGCCGGCCCCACAGCGGCAUUGAUGACUGCAAGAACAUUGCCAACAUCAUGAAGACAUUGGCAUACCGAGGCUUCAUCUUCAAGCAGACAUCAAAGCCCUUCUGAUUGGCAGAGGACGGGAUGGGGCAGGACAGGGUAGCUGCUUGGCCCAAACCAGAAUCCUCCUCUCCCUCACCAGAGGGAAAAGGGAGAGUGGCACAGCUCUGCGCCCAGAGUGUCCCCCAGCUGCCCUACAGGCUUGUGCCCUGUGUGAGGGCUGGGCCACUUGGCCCCUCUGGAGCAGACACUUUGUGCCCCACCCCACUCCCAUUCCUCAGUCUCAGCCCAGUAUUAGCCCCUGCCAUUAUGGACCUGAGCUAGGGGGAACCCAGGUACUCUACUGCCUUCUCCCUAGUACACAGGCUUCUGCUGGGGCCACCAAGCCCUCCCUGUGCCCCUCCCAUCCAUAGUGCAUGGUGUGUGGUGCCCCCAGGGCUCCAGGACAGAUCAGGCCCCACCUUGUGUCCACCCUCCCCUCAUCCCUGCUGUGAACGUGCCACUUGAAUAAAGUCGGGGAAACAAGGUCCUAGUGUGUAUGGA